GCAGCCUAUGACGCUCUUCAUGUAACCUCGUCCAAAAAUAACGAACCGUAUCGGCACGGCGUUCCACCAGCAAUUUCUGCCAUUCGUUAUCAGACCCGUGCGAUGUCAUCCUUAUCUAUGCUCUCGAAAUGUGAGAGAGAGCCUCGUUCGCCGCCUUGGGCUGCGCCCAGCCUGUGGCGUCGAGGCGUAGCCAGGAAGUUUACUGACCCAUAUUCUAGUUACAUAGACGCUAGCCUCAUAUGCUCAGACCCUUAUAAGUGUUCUCCAAUCUUCUGUCUUCACAUAUGUUCAAGAAGUUCGUUUCCGAGGAAAGACUUCUCCUAACAUGGAAGUCGUUUUUGGUGUCCCUGGGCUCAUUUCUCUUGCGGACAUCAUCGUUGGGAGGACAAUCAGGUAUUCUCUUGAGGUCAAGCACGCUGAAGCAAGCAUCGUUGCAUUCUUGGAUGAGACCAAAAUCCUCCUGGGAAUAUUGAAGCAGAUUGAACAUACCUCCAAGUUGUAUCUUGAGCAUGACCUUGUCAUAGAUGCUUCAGUCGGGGAACAUAUUGUUGCCUGCUCCCAGUUACUCACAGAGAUUCGAGACCAAUUACAGAAGGGAGAGCUUCGUAGGAGUCCACUCAAGAAGAUAAAGCGGGAUAUUCUGUGGCCUUUUAAGUCAUCGAAGACCAAAGAGCUUGUGGAACGGCUUGAACGUUCCAAAAAUAGCCUUGCGCUCGCAUUCAGCACUGACAACUGGCAAGUUGACCUAUUUCAAUUUUUGGGACAAAGACUGACGACUGAUCAGGCUGACAAUUCAUAA